UUGUACAACCUCAGUGUCCUGUAGGAGAAUCCCUAGAAAACAGGGACUUGCGUUCCAUGCAGUGACACAGGACAUAAGAAGUCUGCUUAGGUCCUAAUGGAACUAUAAAGAUUUAUUGCAGAGAUAGGCAACCAGACAAGACACAUCGAGCCCUCUCAGCCUAUUUGCUGAGACUUGUAGUUCCCAAAAUGAUGAAAAGGGAUUGCUGUUGCUUACAGUGUGCAGAGGACACGUGUACCAGCAGCAGGGUGAGAGCCCCUGAGAUGCACAUGGUCCCUGUUCCCCAGCCCCAGUGACAGCCGAGGCUGCACCACUCAGUGAGACCUCCCCCUACUCUGGGAUGUGGACGCUGAGGGGAGUGCAUGAGAGUGCAGCAGAGAGGACACAACUCAGCAGCCUCAGCACUCAGCACUACCUCCGCUCAGCACCUCCUGGACCUGCACUCUGCUCUGCAAGAUGCUAGACCCGGGGAGAAUGGCUGUGUCCCUGCUGCUGUCACUCAUUAUGCUGCUGCUCACGCUGCGCCCCGCAACUCGUGCAUUUAACCUGGAUGUGGACAGAGUGACGGUGUACAGCGGACCCCCGCACAGCUACUUCGGGUACUCCGUGGAUUUCUAUUUACCGGACUCCAAGACAACAAGUAUAUUGAUUGGAGCACCCAAAGCAAAUACCAGCCAACCGGAGAUUGUGGAGGGAGGCAUCGUGUACAACUGCCCGUUUCCCAGUGCUGGGACUAGAGGUUGCAGACGGAUUCCUUUUGAUACCACAAGUAACAGACAAGCCAGACUCAAUGGAACCAAGCAGAUCCUUGAAUUCAAGUCAAACCAAUGGUUUGGAGCAACGGUCAGAUCGCAUAAAGAGAAAGUUGUGGCUUGUGCACCUUUAUAUCACUGGAGAAGUGUGAAAGAGAUAAGUGAGAGGGAUCCUGUUGGGACUUGCUAUGUCGCUGUUCAGAAUUUCAGCACUUACGCGGAAUACUCUCCCUGCCGCAACAAAAAUGCAGACCCUGCCGGACAAGGUUACUGUCAAGCAGGCUUCAGUUUGGACUUUUAUAAGAAUGGGGACAUAGCGGUAGGAGGACCUGGCAGUUUUUACUGGCAAGGACAGGUCUUCAGUGCCAACAUUGCAGAAAUAAUCAAGGGCUAUUCCUUCAGGAACAUUAUUAGGGAAGUGGUCGGCGAGAAACAGACCAAAAUGGGCAAUACCGAGUCUGAUGAUAGCUUCCAAGGAUACUCAGUGGCUGUAGGAGAAUUUACAGACGAUUCCGAGCAAGAGUUGGUGGCUGGAGUACCACGGGGGAAGCAGAACUUUGGAUAUGUAACCAUUAUUGACUCUACAAAUAUGACCUACAUUCACAGCUUCACAGGUGAUCAGAUGGCGUCGUACUUUGGAUACACAGUUGCUGUGUCAGAUGUAAACAGUGACGGAUUAGAUGAUAUCCUGGUGGGAGCCCCUCUCUACAUGGACCGCGAAUUUGAGAGUAACCCGAAGGAAGUGGGACGGGUGUACCUCUACGUGCAGGAAAGCCCUCUCAUAUUCAAAGACGCCCAAGUGCUGAAAGGGAUGGAGGUGUUUGGCAGAUUUGGCAGUGCUAUUGCAAACCUGGGGGAUUUAAAUCAAGAUGGUUACAAUGAUGUUGCAAUCGGAGCUCCCUUUGCAGGUGAAGACAGAAGUGGAAGAGUAUUUAUCUACAAUGGAAACAGAAAAGGGUUAAACAGCGUCCCUUCCCAAAUCCUGGAAGGGUCAUGGGCCUCAGAUUCGCUGCCAGCAGGAUUUGGCUUCACUCUGAGAGGCGAUUCAGACAUAGACAAAAAUGAUUAUCCAGAUUUAAUAGUAGGAGCUUUUGGAGCAGCAAAAGUAUCCGUGUACAGGGCCAGACCUGUAGUUACUGUGGAUGCCCAACUUCUUCUCCAUCCUAUGAUCCUUAACCCCGAGAACAAAACCUGUCAUCUUUCCAUCUCGGAUUCAUUGGGGACUAUGGUGACUUGUUUCACGGUGAGAGUCUGUGCCGAUGUGACAGGACAAAGCAUUCCACAUAACAUAGGUCUGAAAGCUGACCUUGAGUUGGACUGGUUGAAGCAGAGGGGCGCUGUGAAGCGGACACUCUUUCUGAACAGCGGUGACUCACACCUCACCUUUGAUCUGACGGUGGGAAAGGAUAAGCCCACCCAAUGCCGGAACUUUGUUGUUUAUCUCAGAGAAGAAUCUGAAUUCCGAGAUAAGCUCACCCCAAUCACUGUGAACUUGAAUUACAGUUUGGAUGAAUCCACCUUCUUGGAUGGCCAAGAAAUAAAACCAAUAUUAAAUCGCUAUAAGGAGGCACGGCUGCAGGAACAGGCACACAUAUUUGUGGAGUGCGGAGAUGACAAUAUGUGCAUUCCUGACCUGAAACUCUCAGCAAGAUCAGACAAGAAGCAGAUAAUUAUAGGAGCCGAGAACCAUAUCCUGUUCAUCAUCAAUGCAAGGAAUGAAGGAGAAGGUGCUUACGAAGCCGAGCUCCAUGUUAACAUACCAGCGGAGGCAGAUUACGUGGGCAUUGAGCGCAACAUGGAGGAUCUGCAACAACUUAAUUGUGAAUAUAAAAUGGGAAAUGACUCUCGUAUGGUUGUGUGUGACCUUGGAAAUCCCAUGGUUGCUGGAACUAAUCUCUCGCUCGGUCUACGAUUUGUCUGCCAGAAGUUAGAAAAUGUAAACAGCAUCAAAUUUGAUCUUUAUGUGAAAAGUUCCAACAAGGACAAUUCCAACAGUAACUUCGUCAGUGUAGAAAUCCUCAUAACUGCUGUGGCCCAGGUAGAGAUCAGAGGUGUUUCCCAUCCUCCACAAAUCAUCCUACCCAUUCCUAACUGGGAACGCAAAGGAGAACCCAAAGAAGAGCUGGAAGUUGGGCCGCUAGUGCAACACAUCUAUGAGCUGCACAAUAUAGGUCCAAGCGCGGUUAGUGAGACACACCUGAGUGUGGGCUGGCCGGAACUUAAUCGUGAUCGUGGAGAGUUCCUCCUGUAUAUAUUUAGCAUCGAGACAGAGGGACCUUUAACCUGUCAAUCAAGCAGCUACAUCAACCCUCGGGAAAUAUUGAAAAGUGAACCUGAAGACACUCCAGAAUUAGCUGCAUUCCUGCGCAAUUCCAGUGCAUCCCACGCAGUGAGCCGCAGAGACGUAGCUGUGGCUGAGGCUCUGAGACAUAUACCCAUACGUACUAAACUACUGAAUUGCACCAACGUGAAAUGUCUAACGAUCUCCUGCAAAGUGACGCAUUUAGCUGGCGGUCAGCGGGCCGUAAUAAAGAUCCGAUCCAGGUUAUGGGUGGAAACAUUCCUACAGAGGAACAAUGACUAUUACUCGCUUAUUGCCAGCGUGUCGUUUGAAGUUCAGAAGAUGCCGUAUCGUAUUCAGCCGGCAAAACUCCCCGCAGCAAGCAUAGCAAUAAAGACAUCAGUGAUCUGGGCUACUCCAAACUUUCCGUUCUCCAUUCCUCUCUGGGUCAUCAUCCUAGCCAUACUGCUUGGGUUAUUGGUCCUAGCCAUACUUACACUUGUAAUGUGGAAGUGUGGCUUCUUUGACCGGGAGAGACCGCCACAGGAAGAUUUAGCCGAUGACACAGAAAAAUUAACAAACAAGACUUCUGAGGCCUGAAACAACAAAAACUUCAAGACUGCAAUAUGGACAGUUAUUCCUCUACAAAGAUUGAAUAUACGUGCACCGCCAUGUCGGUGCGUUGCGUCUCAGCUGCGCUGCGUCAACCACUCCGGGAACGUUUUGUCGAUCUUGUCUUGUUCUUCAACAUCACAGAAAGAAUUUUAACUUGAAUCCUUUCGGGUUCUAGGCAGAUAUGUUAGAACAAGCAAGUUGCGCACCGCAGAGACUAAUGGUGAUUACUGAGAUUUAAGAAGAACUUAGGCUGUGCCUAUAUUACUGUACAACUGCGCUUGUAUGUGUCUAUGACCAGAUCUGAAACCACUACUGUUCAAUGAAGGAUUUGGGUACAAUCCCUGGAUGGAACAGAGCACGAAUGGAUCACUGGGAAGUAGCACAUUUUUGGCUUUGCCCGUGAAAGUGACUUUUUUUUUUUUUAUAAAACGUGGAUAUUAAUUUUUUUUUCUUUUUUAAAGAAGCACAAAUUCCUAUUUCUUCCAGUGUAGCCUUCAAAAACGAAACACAAAUCUGUUUAACAUUUUAUACAGCAGUAUACAUGUGGAAAGGGUCAUGUUACGUAAUAUGUGUUCGGAUGAACCAAUGAUGAAGUGUAUUUGUCACCAAGUCACAGCGGAGGCAGCCAUAUUGAGGAUUAAAGCAAUGAUUCCUGAGAAUGCCGCCUAUCAAUUCUCUAAGAACUAGUGAAAUCACUGAUGCAUAAGGGAGACGGUAAUCUUUGCUGUGGUGACCAACAAUGAGGCCCCAUGCAAGCAGAGGCCUUUAAUGUCUGUAACCAAAAAUUGCCUAGGACUGUUCCUGAAUGGAAUAUAGACAGAGAUCUUAGCAAUACAGCAUACACAUUCUGUGUGAGCCAAUGGAAUCAUGGGAGAUUUCUGAUUAGUAUACAGAUGGGUCCACAUUUAUCUUGACCUUUAAUAGGAUUAACUGAAACUGGCCAAUCGGACUUAAUCCCCUGCUGUAAUUACUUAAUCCCCUGCUGUAUUGUUCUCUGUAUUGCAGCUGAGAACAAUAGAUGAAGGGUUUAUGCUAAUAUGUCAUGUUAUGCCUAGGCGCAGAAAACUAGUCAAGAUAACCGCGGGCCCAUCUGUACUAAAGCUAAAGUAUUAGAGAUCUUUGCAUUUUGCUUUUCAAUUGCAGAGUCCAAUGCAACACUACAGUAUAUGUUUUUGUUAAUAACUUAUACAGGCCUUUUUAAGUACCUCUAUCUGCACUCCAGUUGUCAUAUAAACAGCGUUCCAGCUGUUGUAGCACUAGAAGUGCCAGCAUGUCCUGUCAACCAAAGGCUAUUAAAGUACUGUAUGCUAGUAUUUGUAGAUCCACAAUAUCUGGAGCAGUGUAGGUUGCAUUACUCUGUUUGAGACCACCCGUGACGCACACCUGUGAUCAGAACCCUAAAUGAGGCCCCAGUAUGGGAUUUGGGGGUCCACUGUUAUCACAUAAGCAAUACAUUUUGGAGCUGCCUAUUUUGGAGUCACAGAACAACUGAAUGCUGAAACUUAGGGGUAAAUGUACUAAGAUGGGAGUUCUAUUUAAGAUGGGAUGUUGCCCAUAGCAACCAAUCAAAUUCUACUUUAUAUUUAUCUAGCACCUUCUAGAAUAUAAUACCUGGAAUCUGAUUGGUUGCUAUGGGCAACACCCCAUAUUAACUAGAACUCCCAUCUUAGUAAAUGUACCCCUUAGGGUCCCGAAAUAAGGGCACACUAAAACUUGGGAUCAGAAACGGCUGAGCAAAACUGCUUUAUACUAUAGGGCACAAUCAAACUGUUCUGUGCAAUAAAUAGCAAACCAAAGCCUUGUUUACACUGACAUCUUAUGUCUAUCUUUUUUAUAUAUAUAUAUAUAUAUAUAUAUAUAUAUAUAUAUAUAUAUAUAUAUAUGUGUGUGUAUGUUGUGGAUACAUGAGUAUAGAGAUGCAGUUUUUACGAAUGACACAUUAGAGAACGUGAUUAUAACCAUUGUAGCUUUGUAUGUGUUUUAUAAAGUCUCACACUCCAGGACGUCUUCAAGACAUACGUCUUGGCCAGAAAACGAGAAACCAUCCAUGUCCUGUCAUUUCCUUUAGGGGGACAUUUACUAAGCAGUGAUAAGAGCAGAGAAGUGAGCCAGUGCAGAAGUGUCCAUGGCAACCAAUCACACUGAAGUAACAUCUAUAAUUUCCAUACUAUAAAAUUAUACAGAGCUGCUGAUUGGUUGAUGGGGCCACUUCUCCACUGGCUCACUUCUCCGCCCUUAUCACUGCUUAGUAAAUUUCCCCCUCUUCGUUACAAAAAGUGUCCAGAAUCUUAUUUUUCAAUUUUUUUGUUUGUUAUUGGAACGUUUUGUUAGAGACACAGGUAUAAACGUGGAGGUUUUUUUCAUGCUCAUUUCAACCGGCUUGUGAUAGUGCAUGCAAUGUUUCCUCUAAGCUGAGAAAUCCGGAAAGGAAGUAGUUAAAAGUUCAGUGUAAUGGGGCAUCCAGCCUGAGAGGCUUCAUUCACAUUCUGCAGGAUAUAGCAAGGUACCUGUAACACUAUCAUCUCCAGAUUGCUUAUCUUAGAGGGAACAGUGUGUACAUGGCGUUUAUUUCAUCCAAUCGCUUUUCUGUUCCAGUAUUAUUAUUUUUAAGCCAACCAUAUCACAUUAUGAUUACAGGAAUCCUGGGAGAUGCUUGACAGCCAUAGUAAAAGCCUAUGCAAUGUGCUAACAACAACCCAUUUCCGUUACAAUAAAACCACAAAUACAACAA